AUGGAGCCUGCUCAGAUCGAUUGGAAACGAAUCGAUUCUCGUUUUGUGGAAGACGUCUUCUACGAACACAUCCGAGCUCCCAAAUGGUUCGAUUUCUCAGCCCCGAAUCAUCUAGACUCCAUUGACGAUGACGCUUGGUUCUGCAAACCUGAUUGUAAUCAUCCUAAGAGACCUGAGGAUUUCCUCCUAACGCCCAAUUCUUUCAAGUAUCCAAGUCUAAGGGAUACGAAUGAGGUUCUAGGAGUUACAGAGCAGAAUCAGAGGAGGAGGGGACAUGCCUUAUCACCUUCUACUUCAAACAAGCAAGACGAUGAGAAUCAGAAUCCAAACUUAGCCACGCCUCCGAGCCAACAAGCAAAAUCAUGGCGAGCAGCACUUAAAUCAACUUCGGUCCAGAAGACGAAUAAAGAAGCGCCGAGACUAAAGAGCACACAAUCAGCUAGAAAUCUGUUUUCAGGGAGAGACAUAUUAGGCCAUAUCUCAGAGUUCUGCUAUGAGUUGAAGAGAUUGGCCACAAGGGUUACUGAGAGAGAAGAUACUGUGAAGGAGAUUCAUCAAGUGGGUGGUGGAAUCAUAAAUCAGCCUUACUCUGUUCAUGACUUGGAACUGAAAAAGGAAAGAAAACCAUUGCUCGAAGUAAGCAAAGAUAAGGUCCACGAAUCCACGGAUAAUAAAGGAAGCACCUUUAAAGAGAACCGUAGAAGAAAGAAGAGAGUGGAUGAUGCGGAGAAUAUUCAUGUUUCUCUUAACGUGGAGACUGUAAAGUUCAAAGGAGAGGAAUGUAGAAGAAAAAAGAGACUGGAUGAUGCAGAGAACAUCCCUAUCCCUCUAAAACUGGAGAAUGUAAAGAACAAAGGACACGAACGGUUGCUGCAAAUCAGAACAAACCCACCAUCUCCUCAAUGCUUCUCGGAGAACCGAACAGCUUCUUUGAAGGCUUUGAGGACCAAACCUACUGAAAAGGGAAUGGUAGAAGAAGUGGUGAAGAGAAAAGAGGAGGAGGAAGCAGAAGAAGAGAAGAACAGAAAGAGUGGAGAUAGCAACAAGGAAGGGAGAGGCUUAGACGUUCUCUGGUUCUUAAAGCCUUGCACGAUGACCAACUAA